GACAACAGAGAGAGGAUGAGAGAUCCAGAACCCUGCAGAAUGAAACGCACUGAAGAACAAAGAGAGUUGAUUGAAGGGAAUGAAGAACCAAGUGAAGUUGAGAAGAAAAGUCUUGUCAAAACUGAAGAAAAAACUUUGAGUUGCUCUCAAACCAAACAGAAAUAUUUAAAGAAAAGAGCCAAGAGGUCUUCCACUUGUGCUCAGUGUGGAAAGAUUUUCCUAUGCAAAUAUAGUCUUGAUGUUCACAUGAGAGUUCAUACUGGAGAGAGACCGUAUACAUGUGUUCAAUGUGGGAAGAGUUUUGCACAAAAAGGACACCUUAUGGAGCACAUGAACAUCCACCCUGGAGAAAAACCUUACAAAUGUUCACACUGUGACAAGAGAUUCAUUCAGUCAGGACUCCUGAGAAAACAUGAGAGGAUUCACACUGGAGGGAAACCAUACAAGUGUUCACACUGUGACAAGAGAUUCAAUAAGUCCACAAAUCUGAAAACGCAUAAGAGGAUCCACACUGGAGAGAAACCGUACACAUGUGAUCAGUGCGGGAAGAGUUUCACACUAAAAAAACACCUUACAGCACAUAUGAGAAUUCAUACGGGAGAGAAACCGUUCACUUGUGAUCAGUGUGGAAAGAGUUUCACAAAAUCAGAAACCCUUAAAGUACACAUGAACAUCCACACUGGAGAGAAGCGGUACACAUGCGAUCAAUGCGGCAAGACGUUUUUGUGGGCUUCAGUUCUAACAAAACACCUGAGAGUUCAUACAAAGGAGAAGCCACAUUCAUGUUCUUUAUGUGGAAAGAGUUUUUCACGUCUAGAACAUUUGAAAGGACAUCAGAAAAUUCAUACUGGUGUGAGAGAGUACAUGUGCUUUGAGUGUGAAAAGACUUUUAUUUCAGCGAACUGUUUAAAAAUGCACGAGAGGAUUCACACUGGAGAAAAACCGUACAAGUGUUCACACUGUGACAAGAGAUUUAGUCAUUCAGGACGUCUGAAAACACAUGAGAGGAUCCACACUGGAGAGAAGCCUUACAAGUGUUCACACUGUGACAAGAGAUUUAGUCAUUCAGGACGUCUGAAAACACAUGAGAGGAUCCACACUGGAGAGAAGCCUUACAAAUGUUCACACUGCGACAAGAGAUUCAAUCAGUCAGCAAAUCUGAAAACACAUGAGAGGCUCCACACUGGAGAGAAGCCUUACAAGUGUUCACACUGCGACAGAAGAUUCAGUCAGUCAGGAGUCCUGAAAAAACAUAAGAGGAUCCACACUAGUGUAGGGUAUCAGUGCGAAUCGGACAAUUUAAGAUUAGAUCAGAUUGAUGUUGAACAACCCAAAGAGCCAAAUUCCACAAAGAGGCCCAGGAUAAAAAGACAACGUCAUAAAUCUGUCCACGAUACCCUGGCGCCACAAGUCUGAAGCAAGUCCACCAACUAACAGUUUUGAGCAUGCUUGCAGCAUUAAAACAAAAGAACCAUAUUGAUUAUUCCAACUCGGGAAGGAGUUUGUCAAAUAAUCAAGAUUAAUAGUCAAAGAGAUGCACAGCAUAACCAUCACAUCUAAAUCUGUGAUAGAAAUCAAGAGCUACAGACUUCCUCGGAUUGAUUUCCCCAGCCCAGGACAAAGACCAGGCUCCUUCUAGGCCUUUUGUUCCUCACAAAGCACAGCUCACGUUCACAGAAUGACACAGAAACUGUCUUUACAGAUGUAGAUUCACCAAAAUGAUCUCAAAAGGACUUUUAAACGAAUAUCAGUCCAUUGCAUAUCAUAUAUGUAAACCACACAUUUGACUAUCAUGUUCUAAUCACUCAUUGUGUAUGUAUUUUGAAUUGAAUAGUUUAUAGAAUUACAUUCAUGUUGGUAUGUAUGAGUUUGAAAAUUCAUGCUUUUAACAUUUCUAUCAAUCAAUUCUUUGUCAAAUGUGUU